AGCUUGGGCUUCGGUAGGCGUUUAUUUACGUUGCAUGUUUUUAUAUGCGGUGUAGUUCGUAACAUUUGUCGUUAAUUUUAAUUCGUGCAAUCAAAUCCGCCAGUGAAAACCACAAUGACAACACUCAACAGUACACCGCUCCGUAAAUCGGAAGCUUCGCGCGUUUUUCAAACACCACAAUCCGUCGUCAGAGAGCCCGCUAACGACGAUGAAGCGGAACGACGAAUCCGUCGCUCGGAGGCUACGUUGGAUGUUAGCGCGAGCUCAGGAAACUCCGCCAUAGCAGCAGACAACGAAAACAUAAAGAUGUGCUUGAAGCUCUACUCAGACAAUAAACUGAGCAAAGAAAAUGCCUGGUCGCUUACGAUCAUCGACAGCUUCGCGAAGCUGAUGUCGCGCCACUCGAAGACCCGCAUGCAAAACUUCCAGGUUGCUGGCUCGACGUUGGAAGCCUCGACGAAAGUGUACGGUCUGCGCGUCGAUUCCGUCCACACGGACGUGAUGCGCAUGUGCUCGGAGUUGACGCGCCAAACGGCACGCGCCUUGACCAACAAAGCCACCGACCAGGACGAGGAGCAGGAUGGCGCCGACAACGACAACGAUCAGUCGAUUGCGGACGGUGCCGAUGGGGUGGACAAGGAAAACAGUCAGGCGAAUGUGCAGCAACCGAAAGCGAAAAAGAAACGGGCCAGAAAGUUGGUCAGUACGGUGACGAAAACGAAAGAAUCCAUCAACGCCGCACUAGACACGAACCCGUUCACCGAUCCGUUCUUUGCGAAGCUCAACUCGGUCGUGGGUGAUGUGAAUAGUUCCAGCCGCUUAAUGCAGAACAUUGUGCCAACGAAGAACUCCGAGUUGCGCCUGCGAAUGAACUAUUCGUUUUGGGAUAGUUCGGAGCCGCCACAGCUUAACCUUGGGGACGAACCGGAGACGUACGGUGAAGAUGAAACAUGCACGAUGCAUGUGCUUCCCAUCGGCUCGGAAAACCCAUUGCACACGCUCCGCUCCGGAUACGUCAUAACGGAUGCUCCGGCCGAGGACGACGAGGAUGACGAAGAGCCACGGGGGAACCAGUCGACAUGGGACCAACAGAUGGAGGACAUGGAGGCUCGUAACGUCGACGCAUCGCUGAUGAACCGCUCCGCCCUGGAUGUACACUUUGACAUUAACGCCGAAGUGGAACCGGUACCGACGGGAGAUGCGUUCAUUAUUGACUACGACGCCAAGGAUAUCGACGGCAACGAUGAAUUCGCCGAGGACGACGAGCUGGCGCUAGAGCAAUGCAAGGGAUUGAUGCGCAAGACGGUUCUGAUUGAGGAUAUGCGACCGGUGGACACGAACUGCUCGCAGCUAGAGUACUCCUACCGACCGCUGGACAACAUCUCCCAGUUCUGGGCCGGUCCAGCGCACUGGAAGUUCAAACGAUCGAUGCGUCCGCGCACAACCAUGAUGCAAUCGGGCACGGAAAGCGAACUGACAGCGACGAAGGACAAACCGAAACAGCGUACUGGGCGGCGGAAGAAAGCGUUCGAGCAGGACACACUGGACGAUGUACUGAGCGUAAACGACGCGCUGUUCGUGGAGUACAACCCGAGUCGGCCGGUCAAAGGCAUCACGACGCUGAAGAGUUCGAUCUGCAAAAAGUGGGACGCGAAGAAGCUGAAGCUCCCGACGGACUACAAUCUCGAUCGGGACCGGUUCGACGUGUGGCAGUAUGCGCGCGGAUUAACCAUCCGCGAUAAUGGCGUGGUGGGAGUGAUGGAGCAUUCGCCCUCGGAGGGUUACAAUACCGGUGAUGAUCAGAUUUCGUGCAGCGCCGAUAUGAACGAUGCACCCGAUAAUGAUAUGGACAUUGAACAGGAUAGUCCGUUCCUGCCACUCCCUAACGAUGUGUCUCAGAUGCCACAAACGGGAAUAGAGGAAGUUAAUAAACUUAACGCCACGGUCGAUGCAAUUUCCACCGAGUACAAGGGUGCCCCGGAUAAGGUCCACAAGAUCAACAUUGCGUACGCGAAGACCGCCAAGGUGAUCGACAUGAAGCAGCUCAAGUUUAACUGCUGGCGACUGAUCAAUGCGCAGCUGCAAGCGGAACAGACCGUCAUACCACCGACGCAAACGGCCUCCCAGCCGGAAGUGCCACUGAUGCCGACGCAGAGCGACCAAGGUCAGAUCAACUUCAACACGCUGUACCGCAAGGUGCCGCUCCUUCUCAGCAAAACGAUGAGCGAAAACGUCACGAAAUCGCUCGCCUUCUACGCCGUGCUGCAUCUCGCGAACGAAAAAUCGCUCUCGCUCGAGCGGCAAGAGGACCUGACGGACUUUAACAUUAAGCUGGCGGACCUGUAGCGACGCUGGUAGUAAAUAACAACUGCAUGAACGUGGUUCACCAUCGAAUAGAAGUAAAGGAUAAGCUCUGGAGCGCGCUUUUACGCUCGCAGGGUUUGUUUCUUGUUUCCUACAUACAAGUCGAAUAUUAUAACUCGUAGAGUGUGGAUUCUGUGUGACCCCUCAUCAGACAUAGUCGCGUCUUUUGCUUCCGCGAAAAGGCCCAUAGACAUAUGUGUGAUUUUUCUUUUAUAAAUCGUUUUGCUUUUUUUCCUCUGCCCAAUGAAUACGCCAGCAAUGGAAGUUUAGAAUAAAUUUAUAUCUGUACAGUGAAA